ACUUCUGAUCCACCCGUCCAGUGCAUUUCCGCUUUUUAUCCGUAAUUCGCUCCAUAGAUGCUCAAGCAGGAAUAACCGACGUGCUUUUUGAGGCGUUGUGAUAUUUUUCCUUUACCUUUCGCGUGCGCGGUGUUCCCUGGCGGCGAAUUAUGGAUAGCCAAGGAAGAAAAGUAGUUGUUUGUGACAAUGGCACAGGGUUUGUCAAGUGUGGAUUUGCUGGUUCCAAUUUUCCUGAACACAUCUUCCCUGCCCUGGUGGGCAGACCCAUCAUCCGCUCAUCUACUAAAGUGGGCAACAUUGAGAUUAAGGACCUGAUGGUGGGUGAUGAGGCCAGUGAGCUGCGCUCCUUGCUGGAGGUGUCCUACCCCAUGGAGAACGGCAUAGUCCGCAGCUGGGAUGACAUGCACCACCUGUGGGACUACACCUUCAGCCCCCAGCGGCUGGAUAUCUCCCCCCCGGACUGCAAGAUCCUGCUCACCGAGCCCCCCAUGAACCCCCUGAAGAACCGGCAGAAGAUUAUCGAGGUCAUGUUCGAGAGCUACCGGUUCCAGGGCGUCUACAUCGCCAUCCAGGCUGUGCUCACACUCUACGCCCAGGGCUUGUUGACGGGUGUGGUGGUAGACUCAGGGGAUGGAGUGACCCACAUCUGCCCCGUGUACGAAGGCUUCGCUUUGCCCCACCUCACCCGCCGAUUGGACAUUGCAGGCCGUGACAUCACACGCUAUCUCAUCAAGUUGCUGCUUCUCCGUGGCUAUGCCUUCAACCACUCAGCGGACUUUGAGACGGUGCGCAUGCUGAAGGAGAAGCUGUGCUACGUGGGCUACAACAUCGAGCAGGAGCAGCGGCUGGCCAGAGAGACCACCGUGCUCGUAGAGACAUACACGCUUCCCGAUGGGCGGGUGGUGAAGGUGGGGGGUGAGCGGUUCGAGGCCCCCGAGGCCCUGUUCCAGCCCCACCUGAUCAACGUGGAGGGAGUGGGCGUGGCCGAACUGCUCUUCAACACCAUCCAGGCGGCCGACAUCGACACAAGGUCAGAUUUCUACAAACACAUUGUGUUGUCCGGGGGUUCCACCAUGUACCCCGGCCUGCCAUCCCGCCUGGAGAGGGAGAUCAAGCAGCUUUAUCUGGAGAGGGUGCUGAAGGGGGAUGUGGAUAAGCUGUCUAAGUUUAAGAUCCGCAUCGAGGACCCGCCACGGCGGAAGCACAUGGUGUUCCUGGGAGGGGCCGUGCUGGCCGAUAUCAUGAAGGACAAGGACUCCUUCUGGAUGAGCCGGGCCGAGUACGAGGAGAAGGGCAUCGGGGUGCUGGAGAAACUGGGGGCCAGCGUGCGAUAGGAGGGUCCCUGUCCCACCAGGUAGACACAGGGACCUGAGCCUGCCUCCCACUUAAAACACACUCCCUUACUGCCACACCCACAGGCCCACAGACAGGCAGACGGACACACAGUCACUCUCUGACAUUAACAAUCGGGUAAAACUGCCUUCCCAUGUCUGUCUGUUUGUCUGUCUGUCUGUCCACCAUCUCCACACAGUGUGAGAACAGUUCAGUAGAUGUUUGUCUGUCCAUCUGUCUCAGAAUGGUGUGAUUAUGACACACCAUCUGGGCAUGCAGCUGCCGUUUGAUUGUAGUUUACUGUUUGUGUGUUUUAACGUGUGAAAUCAACUGUUGACCAUGCAGUAUACAGCUGCAUGGGGGGGGGGGGGACAUAUUAGUUAUUACGGGUGAGGGUGGGAAGGGGGGUGUCUGCUACCAAAGUCAAAAUUAAAUUAAAUUAGGUUUGAAAACAUGAACUCUCCAGCUGAUGUGUGUUGUUAGCCCCCACUGUGAUAUACUUAAAGGAGAAUAAUUAUAGUCUGUGUUAAGAAGUUAACAAAGUACUGAGCUUCCUGUUUCCGUGGCAACAUAGAAAGUUGGCACUUCCUUGUUGUCCCACUAUGGGGUAGGUGAGAUGCACACACCAGUCUUCAUGCUCUUCUCUGAGUACCCUGUGGACUGUUUGGUGAGCUUAUCCUUCCAACUACCAGAGCAGUGGUAGGGUAGGCAUUUGGACUUUUUAAUAACAUUGACAAAUCCAGUGAACUGAACGUGUUUUUUGACUUUAGCCAUGAUUACAGUAGCACUGAAAUGUACUGUAACUGAGUACCCGUAUCAGUUUGUGUGAGUACGGUGUUCACAUGAAAUCCUGGUAAAUGGGAUAAUCCAAACAGUCUGGACCAAACUGAAAAAAAAAAAAACAUUUUUUAUAUUUGUGUAUUGUUAAUUAUGUGAUUUUAUUGAGAUUAAGUAUUUGCCAAUGAGAUUCUGUUUUCUACCUUUUAAAUCCCAGUUUUUGUACAUCUGUGUUCUUCCUUUCAUUAUAAUUAUUUUUUUGUAGGGCAUUGCACUCAUAAAACCUGGAUCAAAAACUCACUUUUCAUUUUCUCAUUCCUCGCUGUUGUUCUUUUUCUUGCAAUAAUGGCUGUGUGCCAAUAGAUAAACGGGCUGUGAAUCAUGAAAACAUCGGACAGUACUAGUUCGACACGGUCAGCAGGUCUGUCCUGUAGGUUAGAGGGCUAUAAUCAGCACAAUGACAGAUGUAACCUGCCUGUGUGAGGAAACGGUACAUGACUUCAUCUCUGUGUGAAUCAGAUGCAGUUCUCUGUGAAUGCUGCAGGUGGACUUUUUACAGAGAAUAACACAUUACUCUGAACCUUUCAGUUUUGUGUAGAGCACUGAAUGCUUCUUUGCCGUUUUUUCACCUUCGACCCCAUUCCCCGAGAGCAUCUGAUUCACACCUUAAUCACAGCAUUAAAUCCAGCUUUCAUUCUGUGUGUAAUGGUUUUACUCCUGUAUCCUUCAUCAUUUUUUUGGUAAAAAAAAUAAAUAAAUACAUUAUCAAUGACUGCAUUUACACAUUUUGCGGCAGAGGGGGUUAUCUGUUAAACCAUACUUUAUUCUGAUACCUGUAGCAAUGUUGGCUGCAACGGCAUGAAUAUGAAUAAAGAUUGUUAUAAUUA